AUCGAGCGGGAAGGUGGUGAGUGGUUAACGGGUCGUGGGCCUGAGACUCACUGCCGGUGUUGGAUAUGUGACAAGGGUGGAACUGUCAGUGGAACAAGUUUGAUAAAUAAGCACCUGUUAGGGCAGCAUGGAGCUUCAGUCAGGCUGAAAAAGGGAUCACAUUCUCCCCGAAACCGGAAUUGUAAACACUUGGCAGCUGAGAGGAGCCUGCGGCAGAGAGGGCAUAAGGAAAUCAAAGCAGUUAACCAUGACGUCCUCAUCUCUUCGAAGACAGAUGAAAAACAUCGUAAACAAUUAUUCUGAAGCAGAGAUAAAGGUACGGGAGGCUACGUCAAAUGACCCAUGGGGACCCUCGAGCUCGCUGAUGGCGGAGAUUUCAGACCUGACCUACAAUGUGGUGGCUUUCACAGAGAUUAUGAGCAUGAUCUGGAAGCGCCUCAAUGACCAUGGCAAGAACUGGCGUCAUGUGUACAAGGCCUUGAUGCUAAUGGACUACCUGAUCAAGACAGGCUCCGAACGGGUAGCGCAACAGUGCAAGGAAAACAUCUUUGCCAUUCAGACGCUGAAGGACUUCCAGUACAUUGAUCGAGAUGGAAGGGAUCAGGGUGUCAACGUGAGGGAGAAAUCGAAACAGCUCAUCGCCCUACUGAAGGAUGAUGAGAGGCUUCGAGUCGAGCGCAGUCAUGCACUGAAGACAAAAGAGCGGAUGUCAAGUGUGACAACGGGAGUAGGCAGCAACAACCAGAUUAUGUUUGGCCGGGGUUCUAGCCACCCAAACCUGUCUACUAGCCAAUCAGAUGAGUGCAGCAAAGUGGGUGGGUCACCUGCUUCCUACCACGGCUCCACUUCACCGAAGAUCUCCUCCGAAUUGGAGCAGACACGGCCUCAGACCAGCGGAGAGGAGGAGCUGCAGCUACAGUUGGCACUUGCUAUGAGUCGGGAAGAGGCUGAACAGAUUUUCAAAUGUGCCACAACAGCUGGCAGCCAAUCAAGAAACACAGUGACGACCUUGACUGCACAGGACGAGCGGCGUCGCCGUGGCGGUGACCUCCGUCUACAGCUGGCGUUGGAAGAGAGCCGGCAGAAGCUACAGAUGCCGGGCGGGGGCCCUCACAAAAACGAGACGGCUCUGCUUGAUCUGACGGACUCCACUCCAUCUCCCCUGGCACAGAAAUCUGACCCUUGGGGAACCCCUUUCCCAUCAGCAGCCACAGCCAAACCUGACCCAUGGGCUGCUAUAUCUCGUCCAGUAUCUACUGACCCUUGGAAGCAAAUGGCAGGUUCCAGGCUGGCUGCCACUGCGUCUGAUCCGUGGGGUGCUUCCAGCCUCCCCCCUUCAGGAGAUCAGCCAUCAAGAAGCACAGAUCCCUGGGGCUCGGUCGCUCCAGCCUCUGAUCGAGACCCCUGGGCGCCAACCUCUCCCCCAGGAGCUUCCCCUUUCCACUCUCUCGGCACUGCAGAUGCAACUGUGACGGAUGAUUUCUCUGCAUUCAGCCAUCGCCGAGGCUCACCCAGGAAAGCAGAAGGACAGGCAACAGGUGCCAUAUUCGAGGGGCCGGGUAACGUCCUGACCACAGCAGCCACGUCCAGUGAUACAGCCUACCCCAGCACCUUCGAUGUGCCCUCCAUCUUGAGCACCAAGGCCUCCAAGCUACCCACCCCCAAGCACCAGCCAGUCAUGCAGAAGAAUCCCGAAGCCUUCCUGGGUCCCAAUGCUUCGCUGGUAAACCUGGACACCCUCAUUGCCCGCACAACGCACCCUAAUGUGAACACAAACCCCUUCUUGAUGCAGGGUGCUCCCCCAGCAACAGCAAACCCAUUCCACAGUGCCCCCACUCAGGUGUCCAGCUCCGUGAUGGCCGUAACCCAGACCCCGUUUGGACCCGUGAGCGUCAGUGGCACCCCCUUCUCCUCGAUGCCUGGGGUCGGAGUCGCUCCCAUGGUAACCAUGCCUGUUAUGGGCAUGCCUCAGGGUGCGAACGUGCAAAGGGUGAUGGGCCCAACCUACGUUGCCACGCCAACCCCUCCUGCCCCUGGCCCCACUCCAAGAUCCACUAACCCAUUCCUAUUAUGAUGGUUGUCAGCAUUUCAGCUCAGAAUUUAAGUAAUCUGUUUUAUAAUUGUUUUUUUCCUUCCCCCGUGCCAACUCAAGUACAAAAAUGUACCAAGUUUUUUCCUUUGGACAAUUGUGACAAGACGACAUACAGAGAAGUUCCCAAAAUUUGACUUGUGAUGAGUAACGCUUGUGCACUAUGAACUGGCAAACAGUAUACGUGGUUUAGGAGCACUUUAAGUAUCAGCAGCCUCUGUCUGUGCAGGAGCCUGAAGAUGCUACUCACUGCUUUCUGUGAUCGAGCUCCAGUAACAACUUAUACUUGCACCAAGCUGAUGGUGUCUGACUGGGGCCCCUUACAGACUAAUCUACCCGGUCAAAUCAGUCCCUCAGCAUUGGGAGCAGAUUACUGGCUGCCUGCGUAGGGGCAGAUAGAGGGUGGAUUAGGUCAUUAACAAGAGGCCAAAUAGUUGGGGAGGGAACAGUAUUAUUUAUGUUCAGCUCUGGUAACCAUUAGAUGGCUGGAGCACCCUGUCAACAUUGUGAUAGUGGGAUGCACUGUCCAGGAACCUAGUUCUUGUUAGCCCCACUCUGUCAGCCUCGCCUGGGGUAAUAUGCACUACUACCUGACUCAGGAGAUCCUCUCCAGUCCUUCAGCACUUACUUUAUACAAUUCCCCAGUCAGUUCUGCAGGGUGCAGCCUCCAGAUCAAAGUGUGGCUGCCUCUAGGACUGUCAUUGAGUGGUGGAAGGGAAAAAGCGUGGCUUACUUCCUGUGGUUUCACCAUCUCCUUUUGCAUUGAUCUCUCGGUCAGUUUGCUGUCAUUUUAUGGCCUGGUACAUUCACAGACCAGAACUUGUGAACUUUGGGGCGGAGCAGGCAAGUGAUCUGAAGCCAGCUCUGUUCGUCAACUUGUUGCUGAGCACCCUGGCCGGGUACCUUUUAUUUGAGGUUAUACAUUACCACUCUGUUAUUCAAUGCUUCCCAUCGGGGUUAUUUUUUUUAGUAUCUUUUAAAAAAUGUUUACAUUUUGUUGCAGUCGUAUGUUUACUAAUCUGUGUUUUUUUUUGUGUUGGCUUGAGUGUUUGGGACCCAGGCCUGAGUGAUAAAACAUCUCUGCGGUUCCCUUACCUCCCCCUGGAUUCAUCAGCUCUUGACCUCCCAUGCCUGAAUGAUUCAUCUUCUCAAAAUAUAAGCCAAUACUUAUAGUCAGGACCUCAGAUUUGUAGGAGGGAACAAUAGUAGAACUGAAACUCAAGUGAAUCACAGAACCCAGUUUCAAGAGAAUCUUGGACUAACACAUAUGACCACAGUGAGAAUGACAUAGCCACCCUAGCCAUUGUCAAAUAAAAGAGGUAAUUAACUGCAAAGAGCACUACAGGCAUCUCUAACUGGUUUGCCGGCCUUUUGGGUACAAUUAGCAUGGGGUGUCAUGUCCUUUGUGCACUUUCUGCAAUACAUAUAAGUAUUAGCCGCUAUUUCCGUUAGAAUGUGGCUAGAAAGGGAGAAUGACUGGUGAAAGAUAUGUGACAAACAUAUUUCAGUUUGAAAAUUGCUUGAAACACAUGUAACUCUGGCUGAUGAAACAAUGCUUCAUCACCAGCGCAGAGGGUUCUGCACCUUUCCUGUUGGCUUCUUGUAUUACUUGUCUCCUGGUCAAUAAUCAGCCAUGUGCUUCCCUGGAAAUUUAGAGCAAAGGUGAGAGAUUGUCAAGAUGGAUGGAGCAGAUUUAGUCUACUAUACAGCAGUGAGAAACACUGACUACAGUAUGGAUCUCUGCCACUUCAGACCCCUAUACUGGUCUUUACGAAUGGGGAAAGUUCUGUGCUAAACUUUUGACUAAGACCUGUCAAUGAUACUUGUUGAACUCUUGAAGUGGCUAAUCUUCUAUACGGAACAUAACUUUCAAAUUCAGUGACUCUCCCCGUACAACGUGUGUAAGUUUUCUUAAUCAACACUAUUAAGUUUUUGUUUUUGUUUUAGUUUGGGUACCAGUCAGUGAGAAUGGUUGGACUUUCUAAAGUGUUCCCUUUCUCCUCCCUGGCUUACUCAGAAGACAAUCAGAAUGGGCGAGGUCUGGUGGAUGAUCAAUUACAUAGAAUACUUAUGAAGUUUACAAACACAUAUUACAGGACAAAAUCUUGGAGAAAGCAAGGACUCAGAUUUUUAAACCUGCAUUGCUCUGUUACAUUGUUUGACCAUCGCUGGUCAGGAUAAGAUUUACAGACCUUUAAUGACCUAUAAGAAAAGUUUCAAUAAUAAGAUUAUAUUGUUAUUAUUUAAAUAUUUAUUAGUGGGUUGCUCUAGUAUAGGAUUGAAGAAAUAAAAAUGACUAGUUUCAGUAUAAAGUGGAUGGAGCUUGCAAUUCAGUAAGUACUUUAGCACUGCUUGAGGACAUGUUGUACAGUAACCCACUACAGUAUUAAUGGUAGCUGUUUACAGUAAAGCUCAGUACUUGGCAGUAUCAAGUAUCUUUGAAUACUGACUCUCCACAGUAUUAAGUCACUGCAUAAACCUGCUGCAGUAUUAUGGUUUCUAACUAGCUCAUUGCAGUAUUAAUGGGUUACCUAAAAUAGUGACACCCUAAUGCAAUUCUGCGUCAAAAGUCCCCUUUUUAAAGUGAAAAAAAAUCCCCAGUUAUUCAAUUGGAGCAUUGCCAAACAUAUUUAAACAAAGAAAAAUAUUUAAACAAAGCCAUUGACAUAAGGGCAGGUAACCAAAACCCUGGUGGAAGGCCAUCAUAAGCAUAAUAUAGGAUUAAUCCCUUUAAACUAUAAUCCUGUAUGAUAUUAACCAUGAAAAAAUAGUUGAUUGCCACCUUCUGAUAUUACCUAUGGAUACUGGUGCUAUGGUCAAUGUUCUGAGCCACAUGGCGUAGGUUUUUCUUAAUAUUGUGCAGUGACUGUCAUUUUCCUGACCAAGCUAGUUUCAGUACCUCUCAGGAAAGACACAGCUUGAUUAAAACUGGAUGAUAAUUACAGCACAAGAAACGUUUGUCUAAAGGUAGAUUUACUGCAGUUUUUUAAUGUUUAUUAUUGGAGAUGCAUUCUUGUCUUAAAGCUGUGACCUACACUGCAUUUCUUUACAUCUGCUUCUGUGACUGUGAUUACAGUUUACACUCUAUGCUCAGGUGUGGUGGUAUCUUUGUUUCAGUAAUCUCUCUCAGUUCUGAUGUGAUACAGUGUGCAGCUCACACCAAAUGGGCACGUUCUUGUUUUCACAAUCUUUCCUCCUGUCCCUUCUCGAGACAAAUCAAGCUUCCAACUUUGUAAAGGCAGUCUCCUAUCUGGCACUUCAUCCAUGUUUUCUGAUCAUGAGAUUAGUGAAGCAUGCCAUUCAGACAGAAUUCCUCUAAAAAUGCUGUGGGUCAGGGCAGUACAAUGGGAAGAUAGUGAACUUUUGCUUCUUAUAAUUAACAAAUUCAGACAACUGUGGCAGUUGCAGAAAAGUAUCUUGCUUGCAGCUUGGGUCUAGGAUCAAAAUUUAAUUGGGCUGAGGCAGUAAUUCCAGCAUGUUACAGUGCACCUUGCACUGCCCUGGCGCAGUGUAAAAGGAACUUUGUAUCUAACCAUCCUGGCAAUGCGGGAUGGAUCAGCAAGUUUUACACUGUCCUAUCAAACUUUCCCAGGGCAGUACAGUAUUGAAAUUUUUAAAUCAUGCUGUUUUUGCCAUGGUUACGUUUGAGGGGACAGUUCCGAGGGAUCUGUAUUCUGUGUCUAAUCUGUACCAGCUAUGCUGACAAUAAAUGCUAACAUUUGUGUCUGAAAUUAUGGUUUCUCAUACAAGUAAAAAGUUUACUAAAAACUGAAGUGAAGAUAUGAGUACUGGCACGGUAGUUGCAGACUAGGUGUUCGCAUGUGGGUUUCAGGGUCACGUUGAAAGAUGUGAAGUUGUAUUGAACUGCUGGUAAUGCAGAUAGUGAAGGUGCAAAUUUUGAGGAUUCAAGAAGUAAUUGAAAAGAGUAAUUUAUACUCUUAUUCAGAAAUAGAAACUUAUGCAUGUUUGAGACAAAUUGCAUUUAUGUGCACGGCACGUUUUGAAAGAUCUCAUCCCUUUGCAGUUUUCACACACCUGAGCCAACAGCAUCUCUUUUGAAGUGUGUUGCUCUUUUUAUACCAUAGUAUUACUUAGGACAAUUCUUCUGGCUUUUGUUAUUCCUUUGAAUCUGGAGAGAGCACAGCAGGAUUGAUGUUCUGAGAAGAUACUUUGCAGAGUUGUAGAUUUUACUGUUUGAAAUUAGGAGAGGAGAUGACUAUAAUUGGACAGUAGAUAUGACUGUAGAAGCUUCCCAGUAAAACUCCUUUAACAUGAGGGUUUUGUCUUCGGGGUGAUUCACUGUCCAUGGGAGAUGGGAAACAGAAGCAGCUUAGUUCCCACUUCACUUUAGUUGGUCUGAUCAAAGCUAUAAUUAUCCAAGAAAAAUUGAAAAUUACCAAACUGUCCACUGCAAUUCUGCCUACUAACCGAUACAUAUAUACAUUCAGCCUUUAGCCUACAACUUGGAGCUUUCAUUUCCCCUGAAAUAACUUUUAUAACAAUCUCUGUGAAUUGUUUCCGACACUAAUUCUGUAAGGAUACUACACAUAAUAUAUUUUAAUUCCUUGUGUGAUAUCAAUACAGCAAUACUGAGAUAGCCUGAACCUCUGAAAACAUUUUUUCUCAACCUUUAUUUUAAAGAAAGUCUAAACUGGUUUAGGAAUUGUAAUGAGUAUUUUAUUUUUGUAAACAUUGCAGGAUUUAGAAAGAGACCUGCCUACCUUUUGCCACAUUUUACUUUUUUGAGAAUUGACAUGGAGUUACUUUGCUUUUUAUUCCUUGCUUGUGUCAAUAGUAGCUGAUGUCAAAACUGCUUCUGUGUGCUCCUCUAAAGGGCUGUUGCAAACUACACAGGCCCAAGCAGCUUCUGCAUUGGCAAAACUCAGACUCGAGACCUGCUGCUUCCCUUUCCUUACCAUCUCCACUUCUUAAUCAGACAGGUUGCAACCUAGCAAGUGAAUAUUAGAUUACUGGUGGGAAUCUCAAACAUCAACAGGGUCCUUUAAAAAGGCAUUAAGGAAAUAGAUGUCCAAAGAAUUGAUUUGUAGGAUAUCUUAUGCAUUAAUUUUAAUAUACAAAUAUUUAUAACUGAGGUGUAGAAUCAAUACUAUAUACAGGGUGCAGUUCCAUGUUUUCUAAGUGAGCAAGCCCCCCUUCGUACAUUGACUGCUGGAAUGGGAAGAAUCUGCUUAUUCCUGGGUCUGGGUCCCACUUCAUUAUUUUAUUAGAUGACUGGCAGUAUUUUUGAAGGAUUGUUUGCACUUACUGCUUGUGACACUAUACAGUGUAGUUCAUGUUUUAUUGCUUGAGUCGUUUGAUCUGAUAUCUCAACAUUGUAUCAGAUACAUCAGUGGUGCCAGUAUCAUGAGGUUAGACUUUAUUUCCAAGGCAAAUGGCAGGAGACAUGGAAUCAGUUCACCUUAUUUCCAUCUACUGCUGUUCCAGAUCUGACGAUAUUUAUUCACUUAGAGUUGUACAAACAAAAAGAUCACUAUAAUGUUACAGUGAUAUUAAAACUCACUUUGGCUCUGGCUAGCCUAUGAUAGUUCAACGGUUACGAAGGAAAUUCAAUCUAAGACAGACUUGGGCACCUGAAUUUUUGUUAGUCAUUACAUUUAACUGUAGAUUUCCACCAGUUUGGUUAAAUAUUUAAAGUCAUAUUUGCCAUAUUAACUGUACUUCCAAAAUAAAUGUGUGAACUUAUGUGCAAUAUUGUUUAAGACCAUUUUAUAAACUGGUAGAAAUAGAAAGAUUUGUCCCCAUAAUUUUCCUCACCUUCUGUUGCUCGGGAUUGUACACAAGUUCAAAUAAACUAGUAUUUAUCUCAAAUCAAUGUAGCUCAGCAACUUAGCAUACAUUCAAAUACACUGAGAGCCUACUACUGGUUAGAAUAUUGUACUAACCCUCUGGCAUUCAAACCCUGACCUACCGAACUUCACUGCAGAUUUUCAGCAAAUAGGACUAUCAAAUUACAUGAUGAUUUAAGAGGUAGAUGGUUAAGCUUCCUUCUCUACAAUGAUCAGUGGAUUAGAAAGUUCACUCACUUUACAAAAAGUUCAUAGAAAAAUAACAGCAAAAUGGUAUAGAUACAGUACGGUAAUCACAUCACAAACAAGAGAAUCUGCAGCUGCUGGAAAUCCAAGCAACACACACAAAAUGCUGGAAUAGCUCAGCAUGGAAAAAAGUACAGUUGACGUUUCGGGCCUGCCGAAGGGUCUCGGCCUGAAAUGCCAACUGUACUUUUUUCCAUAGAUGCUGCGUGGCCUGCUUAGUUCCUCCAGCAUUUUAUACAUGUUGCUUAGAUACUGUAUAAGUCCAUUCAUUGCAUUAAAGCUGCUAGGUGGGACUCAUUAAUGUCAUGUGUUAGGGAAGUAUUAAACACCCAGGUGUCCAAUGUUUAUUCUUCAUCACAAAACCAUUGUUAUGAUAGUGAUUAGAUUACCUAUUUGAUUGUUUGCUGUGUUCAAGUUUCACUAAAGUGCUUUGGGAUCAAUGUAGCAAAGGGCUUUAUAGAAAUGAUUUUAAUAUAAUGGCUAUUGUAAAAAAUACAGGGUAAUCAAUCUGC